AUGGCCGACUACGAUCGCAGAGGUGGCGGCAGCCAUAACCCCAAGAAGCGCCGUUUUCGAGAUGAUGAUGAACACGACCGCCGCGGUCCCCGCCGACGUUUCGAUGCCCCGCCCCACGUGCGCGUGCGCAAACAGCUCAUCGCCAUCGCCGAGAACCCCAUGCGCCCGUGGCACGAGGAAGUCCAGAGCAUAGCGACGCUCUUUACCGAUAACUGGGAGGACGAACUGCUGCGGGGCAACUUUGUCGACCUGGUGCUACAGCUAGCCGUCGAGCAGCCUCUCAAGACACCUUUCGUUGCGGCCGUUGUGCUGCUUGCCAACACCACCCGGCCGGAGGUCGUGGAUCUGCUUUUGGCGAAGAUUGUUGCGUUGGUGGAGGAGAAAAUCGGUAGCGGGGAGUGGAGAGAUGUGAAGCUCUACUUGAAGCUGCUGGGGUGCCUACAAAACUGCUUGGAUGGCGAGGGUGUGUUUCCCGUGCUGGAGGAGCUUUUUGCGCGGGCGGUGGACUUGCAAACGGCGAGUUCGGAGGAUACGAUUGGCACAGAAAUUGUCAAGAUUAUCCUGCUGACGCUCCCAUACGUUAUGGCCGCUGCUCCCGGGCAGUGGGUGCAAAAGGCAGCGGACCUCAUGGAGAAGACCGAGAUUAUCGCUUCGGAACCACAGACCCUUCAAGCGCUCAUCGAGCCGUAUCAGCCCGAGGGGGAGGAACCGAAUCCACCCCAAUCACAGAGCUUGAUCGGACUUCUGCAGAGCCAGCUCCAGAACGAGGCAAACAAUGGCUGGGCGUUAUCCUGUCUCCCAAGGCCCUGGGAUCUUCCCAUCGAGGAGGUUGAGCAGCGAUCCAAGCUCGACGACGCUACCAAGCAUGCCCUCCCCACCAUUACCAUCCCAGAGGCGGUCGUUGCCGGCCCACGGCCGCUGUUCCCGGAAAUCUACUUCUCAGUUUACGCCAACCAGGAGGUCGAGUCCGUACCGCCUCUUAACAACGUGGCCGCGUCGUUGAUUCGGGACGCACUAGUGGACACCAUCAACGUCCUACACUUCAACCGCAACAUCACCGCGCGGCACUUGAUCGACCUGGAUUGCUACUUCUCUCCCCGGACGUUUGCGGCGCGAGCCACCCCCUUCGAUAAGCUGCGGGAAAUUGGCCCGAACAAGUCUACGUGGAAGCCAGAGGAUGUUGCGGUGGAUGCAGUAUUCUCGCAGCUCUUUCAACUGCCAACUCCGGAGCAGAAGCUGGUUUACUACCAUUCUGUUCUCACUGAGUCGUGCAAGCUCGCUCCAGCUGCGAUUGCUCCGAGCUUGGGUCGUGCUAUCCGCUAUCUGUAUCGGAAUACGCCACGCCUUGAUCUUGAGCUCUCAUCCCGCUUCAUGGACUGGUUCGCCCACCAUCUCAGCAACUUUGGGUUUACGUGGAAAUGGACCGAGUGGGUGGAUGAUGUUUUCCUGCCGGACGCACAUCCUCAUAAGGCGUUCAUUGCUGGCUCGCUCGAUAAGGAGAUUCGCCUCAGCUUCGCCCAGCGCAUCAAGAACACACUACCAGAGCCGUACAAGGCGCUUAUUAGCCCCGAAAAGGAGAAGGAUAUGCCAGACUUCAAGUUUGCUAACGAUGAUACCCCUUUCGCAGCUGAGGGCCGUGAGAUUGCCGGCCUUUUGAAGCGCAAGGCCGAGGACGAGGAGAUUGACGCCAUCAUCCAGCGUAUCCAAUCCCAAGCCAUUGACCGAGAGAUUGACGCACUAGUAGCAAGCACCGAUGUUUUUGUCACCUGCGUCUUGCGCGUGGGUAGCAAGUCGCUCUCGCACGUACUCGCCGCGAUUGAGCGGACCAAGGACCGCCUUGCUGAUGCCGGUGCUGCCUCCGACGCUGCGCGUGCUCAAAUUAUCACCGCCACCAUGGCCUACUGGUCCGCCCACCCGGGCGUCGCCCUCUCCAUCAUCGAGAAGCUGCUCAACUACAGCAUCCUCACGCCAGAGACGGUUAUUACCUGGGCCCUGGUCAGCCGUGCGGGUAAUACACGAGGCGAAGCGCUCUCGAUUGCCCACAUUUACGAGAUGGUGUUUAACACCGUUAUCAAAGUCACGGGCCGCGUGCGGCAACUCGUAGUCAAGCCGUCUUCCCCCGAUGACGCCGACGAGACGGAGACACGAGACCGUGAGAUCAAGUCCAUGCGCAACCUGUUCGCUGCCAUUGAGGACGCCCUCGCGUCAUGGGCGACAGGCAGCAAGGAUGAGAUGAUCGAGGCGAGUGAGGGUGAAGGCAACAGCGAAGGAGAGAAGCUAGUGCGGCAGUGGGGGGCGAGAUGGCUGCGGGUGUUCCGCAGGCGUGCAGCUAUUGAAGAGGCUUUCCUUGUAGAAGCUGAGAAGGAACGUGCGAGAAAGGCCGCUGAGGUGAAGCAGAACGGCGAUGCGCCGCAGGCGAUGGAUGCCGAGGCGGAGAUUCAGUGA